CUCUCGCCCUCUUCCGGUGUCUGACGUGUGUGUGUGCGGCGGCCGGAGCGGUGACGUGUCCCGGGAGAGAGUGCAGUGCAGAGAGCGGCGGCUGACAGUCAGUCUGAAGAGAGACCGCGGCACGACCGGACCGGCCCCCCGAGCCCACACCCCGACAGCGGCCCCCACAGCCCACACCCAGCAUCCGCCAUGGGCAUCAAAUUUCUGGAAGUCAUCAAGCCUUUCUGCGCAAUAUUGCCAGAAAUCCAAAAGCCAGAACGAAAGAUUCAAUUUAAGGAAAAAGUGUUAUGGACAGCCAUCACCUUGUUCAUCUUCUUAGUAUGUUGUCAGAUCCCCCUCUUUGGUAUCAUGUCUUCGGACUCCGCUGAUCCCUUUUACUGGAUGAGAGUAAUUUUGGCAUCCAACAGAGGUACGUUGAUGGAACUUGGUAUUUCUCCAAUUGUCACAUCUGGUCUCAUCAUGCAGCUUCUGGCUGGUGCCAAGAUUAUUGAGGUUGGAGACACCCCAAAAGACAGGGCAUUAUUCAACGGAGCACAGAAAUUAUUCGGUAUGAUUAUCACCAUUGGACAAGCUAUCGUGUAUGUUAUGACUGGGAUGUAUGGUGAUCCAUCUGAAAUGGGUGCUGGCAUCUGUCUUCUUAUCACUAUCCAGCUUUUUGUCGCUGGACUGAUUGUCUUGCUGCUCGAUGAGUUGCUGCAGAAAGGUUAUGGUCUGGGCUCCGGUAUCUCCCUUUUCAUUGCUACCAACAUUUGUGAGACCAUUGUAUGGAAGGCAUUCAGCCCAACCACUGUGAACACCGGCAGAGGUACUGAAUUUGAGGGCGCUAUCAUUGCCCUUUUCCAUCUGCUUGCUACUCGUACCGAUAAAGUGCGUGCUCUCCGUGAGGCCUUCUAUCGCCAAAACCUGCCCAACCUCAUGAACCUCAUCGCUACUAUAUUUGUCUUUGCUGUAGUAAUAUAUUUCCAGGGCUUCAGAGUGGAUCUACCAAUCAAGUCUGCCCGGUAUCGUGGCCAGUACAACACUUACCCCAUUAAACUCUUCUACACUUCCAACAUACCUAUCAUCCUGCAGUCUGCUCUGGUCUCCAAUCUGUAUGUUAUCUCCCAGAUGCUAUCUGCCCGUUUCAGUGGAAACCUUUUGGUCAAUCUCCUGGGUACAUGGUCGGACACUUCUACUGGUGGCCCUGCCCGUGCCUACCCUGUGGGUGGACUCUGUUACUACCUGUCUCCGCCGGAAUCGUUUGCUUUGGUACUGGAGGAUCCGGUACAUACGGUGGUUUACAUCGUUUUCAUGCUUGGAUCCUGUGCUUUCUUCUCGAAGACCUGGAUAGAAGUAUCUGGUUCAUCUGCAAAGGAUGUUGCUAAGCAGCUGAAAGAGCAGCAAAUGGUAAUGAGAGGACACAGAGAGACCUCCAUGGUCCAUGAGCUCAACCGGUACAUCCCAACAGCUGCUGCUUUUGGAGGUCUUUGUAUCGGAGCCCUUUCUGUCCUGGCUGACUUUCUUGGAGCAAUUGGGUCUGGAACCGGUAUCUUGUUGGCAGUCACCAUUAUAUACCAGUACUUUGAAAUUUUUGUGAAGGAGCAAAGCGAAGUAGGAAGCAUGGGAGCCUUGCUCUUCUAAAGGAUUCACACAGCCCAUCCAAUUCGUAAGAAUGAGCUGAUUAAUUGCACGGCUUGGAAGGCAAAUUCUAAACGUGUAUUCAAGGGACUUCAGAGAGGGAAGGACUUAUCAAUUUUGGUGUUUACUCACCGCCAAUGUCCUCAAACAUCCUUUUUUGGUUUUCCUUUACCAGAUUCUAGCCAUUUUAUAAAAUCAUGGACAACAUACAGAAUUUAUUUGGUGAACAUUUUUAAUUUCAUUAUUAAUGGGUUCAUGCAGGUUGCUGGUCUAUUUAAGGCAUCUGAUAGACACCCUUUCACAUGGCUGAUGCAUCUCUGUGCUAGAUUGGAGCAGGAGUAUUGGUAUUAUUUUUUCCUUUUUUUUUUCAAUAAAACUUUGUUUUGAAAACUA